CGGUGCUCUAAUCUGUGAAUUUUGAUCCGUAAGGCAGAGCUGGGGUUUCAACGAUUUGAACGGAUUCAGAAGAUUCUGUGAAGAACAAGUGGAGCUACUGAAACCCUAAUUUGACCCGACUUUUAAUGGCUUCAGCUGCUAUAUUCUCGUCUUUACGGAGGCGAAGGUCGCCUUCCUUAGAGGCUUUCUUGGCGCCGGUACAUUUAAGCGACGUCGCGCUUGUUCAGACACUCGUUUCUCUAGGCAGUGAGCUGAUCUCGUCUUUUUCGAAUCGUCUGUUGGCUUUCCAGCGCAGGAAUUCCCAAUCUCUGAUUCGAAAGAUACAGAAUUUCGUCGUCGUCUUUGAGUUUCUCAGGGACUCUGGGUCUAAACUCCCUUCCACUGCCGUUCUUUGCUUGAAGGAACUUUAUCUUCUCAUUUAUCGUUCGAAGAUUCUUUUAGAGUAUUGCUCUCAGGCAAGCAGGUUAUGGCUCCUCGUCCAGAACUCUUCGAUUUCUGGUCAUUUCCACGACCUCAACCAGGAGAUCUCCACGCUUCUCGACAUAUUCCCGUUGAAAGAGCUCGAGCUCUCUCUGGACAUCAGAGAGCAUAUUGAGCUUAUGCAGAGCCAGUCAAGCAAAGCCAAGUUAUUUAUUGAUCAACGUGAUGAGAUGCUGAGGCUUCAGCUCUUCUCCUUCCUUGAAGAGUUUGAGCGGGGACAUAUUCCUGAUCAGGAAGAGUUGCGUACUCUUUUCAUCGACAGAUUGGGGAUUCGAGAUGCAAAAUCUUGUAGAGCUGAGAUUGAAUUCCUGGAAGAGCAGAUUUAUAAUCUUGAGGGGGAUGUUGAACCGACUGUCUCAGUACUCAAUGGGUUUGUCGCCCUUACAAGGUAUUGCAGAUUUUUGCUUUUUGGCUUCGAGGAAGAAGAAAUGGGAACUGGUAACCAUAAGAAAUCGAACAAGGGUCUUAUUUCUCUGGAUAAUGGUGAAUCUAGUGUUCCAAUUCCAAAGGAUUUUAUUUGCCCAAUAUCUUUGGACUUGAUGCGAGACCCGGUAAUAAUCUCAACUGGGCAGACCUAUGAUCGACUUUCCAUAGCCCAUUGGAUGGAAGAAGGGCAUUGCAGCUGUCCAAAGACAGGACAGAUGCUUACUCACACUCGUCUUGUGCCAAAUCGAGCUCUCAGAAAUCUAAUCUCCCAGUGGUGCUCCGCUCAUGGGAUACAUUUUGAUCCAUCAGAUAGUCCAGAUACGACAAUGGAAACCAUUGCAGUGGCUGCAGCUUCCAAAGCUGCAAUCAAAGCUAACACAGCAACAGCUGAGCUUCUAAUUCAACAGUUAUCAAAUGGGUCAGAGGUGGUAAAAACAGUCGCUGUUCGUGAGCUGCGGUUGCUGGCUAAAACUGGAAGAGAGAACCGUGCCUGCAUUGCAGAAGCAGGGGCAAUCCCUCUUCUCCGACAGUUACUGUCAUCCCCAAACCCAAUUGCACAAGAGAAUGCUGUGACCGCAAUUCUCAAUCUAUCGAUCCAUGACAAGAACAAGAGUCGGAUAAUGGAGGAAGCAGGAUGUUUAGGAUCAAUUGUCGAGAUUCUAAGAUUUGGGCACACAACAGAGGCAAGGGAAAAUGCUGCAGCAACACUCUUCAGCUUGUCUGCAGUUCAUGACUACAAGAAGAGAAUCACAAAUGCAGAAGGGGCUGUUGAGACCUUGGCAGGACUGUUGAGAGAGGGGAGCUCAAGAGGGAAGAAGGAUGCUGUAACUGCUCUAUUUAAUUUGUCCACUCAUGAAGAUAAUUGCAAGAAAAUGAUAGAGUCCGGAGCAAUGACAGCCCUGGUAGGGGCACUAGGAAUUGAGGGAACGGCAGAGGAGGCAGUCGGUGCAUUGGCCUUACUAGUUAGACAGCCAAUUGGGGCUGAAGCAGUUGGGAAGGAGGAAAUGGCAGUGGCUGGGUUAAUUGGGAUGAUGCGACGGGGGACUCCUAUGGGGAAAGAGAAUGUUGUCGUGGCAUUGCUUGAAUUAUGCCGGAGUGGUGGGGCAGCUGCUACAUUGAGGGUGGCUAGGGCACCAGCAUUGGCAAGUUUGCUUCAGACUUUGCUCUUUACGGGUACAAAGCGGGCGCGACGGAAGGCAGCAUCACUUGCUAGAGUUUGCCAGAGGUGUGAAGCUGCAACUUUGCCGGUGGGAGCAUGGGGAGUCGGGUAUGGAUAUUCCGGCAAUUCAAUGUCAGAUCAUGGUUCAAGUUUUGCUGGGGAUGUGUCAGUACCAAUGUCCAUCGUUCCACCCUUGUGCUAGUUUCAUCGCUGUUUCCUUUUCUUUCUUUUUCUUAAUUGUUGUUGUUACAUUCUUUCAUUGAUAUAUAAGUUCGGAGUUUGGAUAAACGAAAUAGUAAAGGAAUACAAUACAUGAUUAUGUGUUUCAGUUA